AUAGAUGAGGACAGUGAUAUAUCUGACCAGUUUGAAGAUAAUGUGAGCAAUGUUGGAAACAAGGUUACAACUGAAACGUCAGACAAUGAAAUAUGUUCCCUCAACGUGUACGAGAACAGCAGAUCUGAAGGAAGGACUUCAUUUGGUGCAGCGAACGCAUGUCAAAGUUCAAGGUUUGAUUCGUUACAUUAUUAUGAUAUAGGUUAUCUCGAGUAAUAACAUAGGUUAUCCCUAUAAUAAUAUAGGUUAUCUCGAGUGACGUCAUAUAUUACGCAUUUAAAAUGAUUUACUAUAUAUUACGCUUUGGGUGAACCUUUUGAGCUUGAAGCUUAGGGCAAAUACCCCUCCCUUCAGUGGGCCUGGAUGGUGUGAUUAAUUAAUUUAAUUAAACCAUGUUUCUAGUAUGAAUAUAAAGGAGGUUAGUAACAUUGCUUUAACAAUUACUGUUCUCAUUCACUGUUUAUUGAUAAAUUUUUUUUCAACCAGCUGUUCAGAAUUUGGAAGCCCUGUUUCCAAACGUACCAGUACCUGAGCUUGAAAGCAUAUAUAAAGACAGCCUUGAUUUUGAACAUGCGCUCGAGGUUGUACUUCGUAGAUAUGAUGAAAAAGUCAGUGCCAAUCAUAGUGAAACAGAAACUGUCAGUCGAAGUGAAGCAAACAGCAGUGUCAUUCAAAAUAUCAAUUCACCAAACACUGCAGGUAUAUAGAUUAUAUUAACAUUUGAAUAUUUGAUUGAGUUAUAGGUGAAACGCUUCAGUGGCAGCAAAAUAUUGGGGGAGGGGGGGGGGCGAAGUUACCGGCGCCCCUCAGAUCACUUAUGGUUUUUUCUCCAUCUUUACAGUAUAAUGAGCCACCUUAUGUAUUUCGCGACCACACGUUAUUCUUCUAUAUAUAUGUAUGAUGUAAUGUUAGUCAUAUAUACAAUUCACACAUUUACGUUUUAACUAUAGGAUUAGAAUUGCUUGGUGCAAAUACAAAUGAUUCUGAUGAUGAGCAAGUUUGGGAUGCUCCUGUUUCAGAAGCCUUUUUUAAGGAUGAUGAUGAUGCCUCUCAAUGCCUAAAACGUUUUAUUUCUGGUGCAGUAAACCCCUUUGGGGAUGAACUUGACUUAGUCCUGGACAGAAACAAAGAUAUUCUCGAACAGGCAGUAAGAAAGUAUAAAAAUUCUGCCUUUGAUGUAACAAGGCCUUUAAAUGUAUCGUUUAAACAAGAACUCGGAGUGGAUGCAGGUGGUUUGACAAGGGAGUAUUUCCACCUUCUGAUGAAGAGGAUGCGCAAACAAACCGCCGGGUCCAUUACUUUGUUCGAAGGCAGUGAUGGUCAUUUG